AUGGGCACCAAUUUUUAUGGAAAGAAUGAGGAUCAAAUUGCAUCUGCUGCUGGUCCCUUGGUUCCAGCCGUAAUAAGCACAUCUACAGAGAUGCAAUCGAGCACUCUUCCAAAUGGUAAUCAAAUACUGCAAUCAAUUCCACUAACCGAGACAAGUCAUCGCUUGAGGAGUAAUUUAAUAAACUUAAUAGCGUCCUUGAAGGCAGAAUGGGGUACCCAAAAGAGUGCUGUGAAAAAUGAAAUUGCAUCGGCUAAAGAAUAUCUACAGGAUAAUAUCUUCACCGAUAUUUAUGAAAACCGCGAACUUCUUGUACCUUCAUCCAUUUUAUCACUGGGAGCAUUUUUAUCUGGUAGGGUGUUGACGAAUAAACAUAAUUGGGGCAAGAGCAGCGUACUGCUAACACCUCGUGUAUCAGUCAUAGGUAGACUUUUCACAAGUUUGCCCUCGAGAAUUUGCCUGCCUUUCAUUUUGGCAGGAGCCAUAUUUCAUCAAGUAACACCGGUCUCCUCUGAAAACUUGUGGACAAGAGUGGAGAAAGACGUACUGCCUGAGAAGCUAGUUGAUACUUAUCACAGUAUUCGGACGGAGUACUUAAAAAAUGGUCUUUUGAAGAGGAAUAAUGAAUUAUGCGACGCUGUCGAUAACUAUUUGCAGAGCAACAUUAGACUGUUGAGAGAAACAGUAGGUAAAAGGUUCAAAAGCUAG